UUAAAAUUAAAUUAAUAAUAAUUAUCUAGCACUGUCGCUUACUAGUAUUAUUUAUUAAAUACGAUUACUACAGUAAUACUAGUAACAUCAGAUUAAAUUUGUCUCCUUUGAACUUCUCUGAAGUCCUCAUCUUCAGCUUACCGCUCCUGCUAGCCUAUUAAGUAUUAAUAAUAAUAAUAUCAGUAAUACUAACUUAGCUAUUAGUAUUUGUGCGUCGGAGCAGGUCUGGCAGACCGGACAGCAGCCGGACCAACAUUUUGUCACAGUAACUGUAGGGUUUUUUUAAACUUUAACUUGCACUUCAAAAUUUUUUUCUAAAAAAACAGAUAGGCUUAUGGUAGUAUAUAUGAAUCAGUAUAACAAUGCAUAAUAAAUUACAUGUGUAAUCCGCAGGUGUACAUGCUUGCGCCUGCUUAUAGUUAUAACUAUGUAUGAAAAUGAUUGAAAUUAAGAAAGAAGACUCACUGUCAAUAAAAGACAUUUUAGAGAAAUAUGAAAUGGAAAUAUCAGAUCUCAAGUCACCACUUCUAUCACUUUUAAAUUUGCCAACAGGAAAUUCCAUUGUUCUGCAGGGAAAAAUAAAGGAUGAAACAAAAAUUCUCUGCAAGAAAAAAACUCUUCAGGUGCCUAUAAGUCUGCAGAGCUGACAAGUUCAUCUUCAGAUAAUUUUGAAAGUGAACUAGACCUAACUGGAUGUCCACUUGAAUGCCCUUUUGACUUGAAUAAAAGUAGUUAUCAUGAUGGUGAUAAUGAUGAAGAGAACACUCUUGCUGUCUCUCCUAAUACAAACCAGAAGAAUGUGAAAUACAAACCUCUUGAUCCAUCAGAAGCUAGAUAUCUUCUGAAUCAAUACUGUAGAGCUGCUUUGAGAAAAGAGUUGCCUUCCCAUUUCUUAUCUUCAGUUGUUUGGGUAUUGUGUGAUGGGUCUGAUCAACAAAAUACUGUGUAUCUUGGUUAUCAUAGAGGCCAGUCUUCUUGUAGUAGGAUUAUCGUGAACUCCACAGGACCUGUUUUGUCAAAAGAUAAUUUGCCAUCACUUAUGGACUUGAAAUGUGAGCAUCAGGCUAAGCUGUCGCAGAACCACCUUCUGACAAAGACAUCAUAUUUUGCUUCAUACAGUUUAUUAUCAUCAUCAGAAUUUCCUGAUGAAACCACUGCAUCAGAGGGUUGGAUGACAUUGCAAUGUACAUGGAACAAAGCCAGACAUAUUUUUGAACUUCCCCAUGGUGAUGUAAGCUGUGUCCUCAAUGUUCAUCCUGUUUCUGGAGAUGAGAGAAGUCCAGCAUUUAUUCUACAUAAGGAACUACUGAAAUUACAGGGCUUGACAUGUGGCUUACAGACAGGGGAAAUAGUGUGGAGUCCCCAAGAAGCUGACCAUUCCCUGACUGAUCAACUGACAUUAAUGAUACAAGGACUACAGGAAAGAGGACUGCGAAAAAAGACUGAGAAUCAGCAGGUACCUUUAGACUCUACUGAUUUUGAUAGUUGUCUAGAAGCAGCUGUGUUGGGUAAACGAGAAAGUUUGGACUUUACUGACCAUCUUUGGACUCUCUUGUCAGGCUGCUCUUCUUUCGAAGAACUCAAGAUGGCUCUGGCAUUUAUUUUCAAACAAUUGAAUUCAAAAGAAAUGAGACCAUUGAUAUUUAGAAAAAACUCAACAACUCUUGGGAAGUUCAUACGUCAACUUCAUCACGAGGACCUUGAAACACCAUCACUAGAAGGAAUGAAACCUCUAGAGAUGCUGGUGGAAAUUGGAGUAGAGAAACUUCGUAGGGACUACACAAGUAUUUUUGUUGGUUUAGAACUUGCCACUCAGGAACAACUACAACCAUUUCUACAAUCUUCUGGAAACAUUGUAUUAGCAUUACCAGAACUUCAGAAGCUUCAAAAUGUUUUAGAAGUUAUUGUUCUUAGCAAAACAUUUCUCCAACUUCCAAGACAGACGCUUAGUUCUUACACAAGAGAAGCCUUGAAAUUUUAUUCCACAAUUCCGAGUGUGGACCCAAACCAUAUUUUUCACUUUCCAGUUCAAAUCUCCAGUGUUCAUCAAUUGCUAGAAAGGUUACCAGUCUUGGAAUGGAGAGUCUCUUUGAAAAGCCAAGAUAAACAUUAUCAUGUCCAAACUAUUUGCCAAAUAGCAACUAAACCUCCUUUUGAUCAUUGUUUGGCAUACAAACCCACAGGUCACGAGUUUUCCAAUUAUGUAACGAAGAUCAAUUGUAUUCAGGAUACAGUUCGAAAAACAUAAACACAAUUUCCAAUUUGUAUCUGUUUUGUUUUGUUAUUUGCUCUGUAUUAAAUAUACAUAUUGUUCGUUAUUAUAUGACGAAUAGUAGUCUAAGUUCAUAAUAUACCAUCUUGUCAAAGUAAACUACUUUUAUAUGUAUUCAUCAUAUACUUAGAUAAAGAUAUUAGAUAAAUAAAUAUUAUAAUUAUUUUGAUGAUAUUCUAGAAAGUUAUUAUACAUCAGUCUCAACUUAAUUUCCAGCCUUAACUGUAUGGUUUUCAGCAAAACAAGCUCUUGGAUUAUUUUUAAAACAAUGAAAACAA